UGCCUCUCUCUUUUGUGCCAGCAGUUGCCUGUGCGUCAUCAUUCAUUCAGCUGGGAGCCAAGUCCACGGGAGUUCAAGAGUGGAGGAGCGCAGAGCAACUUCAUUGGCGCACCCCUUGCGCACCACGGGCGAACCGCUCCGCCUGAGAAUUUACACCAAAAAAAUCCUCGAGCUCACCCAACUACGCCCCAGCGAACUUAUAGAGACACUCUAGGUAAUUGACGUUUAGCAGAGUGAACGACGAUAUACUUGCAAUCGUAUAGGCGAUGACAGUGACUUGAACCAGAUUUGUUCAUUUCAACUUGUGAACUGUAGCGCGAGAUCACGCGUUCAUCUUCCCCGCCGGCGUUUGCCAAACUUCGGUCACUUGUUUUGUUCGUCUAAAGAAGUCGCACCACCGCAGCUUUUCUCAUUUGCGAUUCGCGUUGUGAACUCUCAAAUUGCAUGCACGGCAAUCGUCCCUAGCAUAUAGCCCCGCUCAUCGCGCAGCGAGCACGUCCACGCCUGCAUUGCAUUAAGCCGGCCUCGCCGCCGGCUUGCAGACAUGGCCCGCGCGCUGCUGCUGCUGAGCAGCGUGGUGCUGGUGCUGGCGGCUCUCGUGCUGUCCACGUUGCCGUCCGCGGCAUCUCACCGACCCUACCGGAGGCUGGCGGCGGCGCACAGAGCCGCAUCUGCAGGACGGGCGGCCGCGAGCCAGAGAGCUGCGGGCACCGGGGCCGGGACUGCGACCGGCUCGAGGGGAGGACCCCAGAGUCAGGCGAACCCGGCCGGCGGCGGAAGGGCGCCGGGGACGGCCGGGCGAGGGGUGGCGACGGCGCGCAGGGCGGCGCCGCAGGGAGCGCACGGGAACGCAAAGCGGAACGCUGCCGCGCCGCACGUGGCCCCUCCACUCACUGGAGCGAACGUGUGCGGUGGGCAGUGCUGUCCGGGAUGGACGCUCAACGCCGCUCUGCACAAGUGCAACAAACCGGUGUGCGCGCCUCCGUGCCAGAACGACGGGAUGUGCCUCCGGCCGCAGCUGUGCCUCUGCAGGCCGGGCUUCCAUGGCCAGAGCUGCGAGGUGGCCAACCUGUCCCCGUCCCGCGGUGGCCACCCACGUGCCCCAGCCAACUCGGUGCCCGCCGCCCCCGCCGCGUCCGUCCUGCUGCCCGGGAAACAGGAGCCCCGCGCAGCUCCUCACGGCACACACCUGCCCAAGACGCACAACGUGGCGCGUGUGUCUCUGGCGCCGGGCGGUUCCGCGCAGACAUCGGCACAAGCGCGGAGCCAGCAGCCGAGGCCACGCAUCACAGGGCGCGACGCCCCCGCCCAGCAAGUGCACCGCCAGGCGCAGCCCCACAUCCAGGCCCGUCCGGGGGCCCAGGCCCAGCAGGCCCAGCAGGCCCUGCCCCAAUCCGGGCCUCGAGUGUUGGCGGUGACCCCCGGGAAAUCCUCGGCUGGGCAGGCGCCGCAAAACGAUCAGCCAAUGGACGCCACCGCAAGCAACGGAGACCUCACGAUGGGUGCCGCGCCAGUCCCGCAGCGCAUCAAGGUGGUGUUCACGCCCACCAUCUGCACGCUGGACUGCUCGCGCGGAGAAUGCCGCCACAGCUGCUCCAAGGGCAAUGUGACCACCCUCAUCAGCGAGCACGGGCGCAUGAUCUACCCUCCACACGGCUCCAGGUUCCGCAUUGUGGUAUGCUCAAUCCCGUGUCAAAAUGGGGGGCACUGCAUAACCAAGGAAAAGUGCUUUUGCAAGCCCGGAUACACGGGCAAGUUCUGCCACCUUGCCGCUGACCCCAACUCAACGGAAGUGGCUGACGCGGGCAGUAACGGGUGGAAGGGCUCUUCCACAUUCACCUUUCCGCUGUCCACUCUCGGAAAUUUCUCCCAAGCCUCCCUGGCCAAUCAUCCGGACCUGGUGAAGGUGCACGUGAAGCACCCUUCGGAGGCGUCGGUGCAGAUCCACCAGGUGGCCCGCUUCUCCGAGGACGUCACGCUACAGCAGCUGCUGGCCGACAAGGCGCCUCACCCCGAGCCGCACGCGCCCCAGCCGCAGCCUCGGCAGCAGCCGCCGCAGUUCCCCCGCGUGGCGCACCACCAGCCCAUCCUGCGCCAGGAGCCGCCGCCGCAGCAGCCACACAUCCAGUACGUGCAGGACAAGAGCGUUGGCGAGCUGGACAACCAGGCGUUCCACCUGCCGGGCUACGAGCAGCCCAGGAUCCCCGCGGCCACGCCGCCGCUGGGAAGGUGCUUCCGCGAGUUCAGCGGCGACCAGUGUCUGAAGCCGCUGCUCGGGUUGACGAGGCAGGACGACUGCUGCGGAAGCAUCGGAGCUGCGUGGGGAAGCAACGCCUGCACACGGUGCCCUCCCAAGGCUGAACAUCCUGUCAUGAUGGAUGGGGAAGUCUUGGAGUGUCCCCAAGGCUUCAGAAAGGAAAACUCAACUCACUGCAGAGACAUCAACGAGUGCCAGUUCCGCGGCAUCUGUCCCAACGGCACGUGCAUCAACCAGCAAGGCAGCUUCAGAUGCAGCUGCAUGGAAGGGUACCUGUGGGACUCCUUUGGCCAGGAAUGCAUGUCGGACAUGGUGUUAUCGUCCAAGAUCGACAUGUGCUACCGAGCCAUGGACGGGCAAGAGUGCGUUCUGCCGAUACCACUGCCGCUGACAAAGCAUAUCUGCUGCUGCAGCGUCGGCAAGGCCUGGGGCAAGAACUGUGAAAAGUGCCCACCGCAGGGCCUAUCCUCCUUCAAAGAAACGUGCCCGGCUGGGAUGGGCUACCACUUCCCUUCGUCUGAGAUGAAGCUCAACGUGCGGAAGCUGACGGACGUGGAGCAAAUGCAGAUAACGCCGGAGCGACCGGCCAAGGCAGCGGCCGCCGUGGACCCAGGGAGAGGGGACGCGCUCCCUGGGGCCCCGCGCCUACCCCAGCACCACGCGCCUCCCAAGAUCGACGUCUAUUCAAGUCUUGAUGGCGAACCGGUGAUAACAGCUCCAAGCACCGAUAACGCCAAAAAAACUAUCACAGGCACGGACGUUCACGAGACCUCGGCCCUUCAGACUCCACGGCGCACUUCUCUCCCGGCCUCCAGCAUCGUCGUGAGCCAAACUGAGGCCCUCUCCGUCGUGAAGGCCACCGUGGUGAACACCUGCCUACAGAACCCGGACAUCUGCGGACACGGCGAGUGUGUUCACCUGGACCGUGGGCACACGUGUGUGUGCAGUGCCGGCUACAAGCUCAACCCAUCGCUCACUCACUGCAUCGACGUGGACGAGUGCGCGCGGAGCCCGGCGCCCUGCCCCGGGGGCCGCUGCGAGAACACGAGGGGCGGCUACCGCUGCGUCUGUUCGCAGGGCUACGCGGCCGCUCGAGGAGGAACCGAGUGCAUCGACGUGGACGAGUGCGAGAGGGCGGACGCGUGUGAUGGCAACGGGCGUUGCGUCAACACGGCAGGGGGCUACGCGUGCCACUGCCACCGAGGGUACUCGCUGUCCACCGACAAGGGCAGGAAGACGUGUCACGAUGUAAAUGAAUGUGAGAACACCAUCCUGUGCCCCGGGGGACGCUGCGUCAAUCUGCCAGGUUCACACAGGUGUGAAUUCUGCGAUCCUGGCUAUCAGAUGAGUCGCAGGAAAGAGUGUGAAGAUAUUGACGAAUGUCAGGAUCCCCAAGCUUGCGUUAAUAAGAGGUGCGUGAACAUUCCUGGGGCGUUCGAAUGCGUCCCGUGCCCGAGUGGCUUCAAGGCGGCUGGAACAAAAUGCGAAGAUGUGAACGAGUGUCUGAACAGCAUGGCGGUCUGCAGGGACGGUCGCUGCAUCGACCUGCAAGGGUCUUACAGGUGUUCCUGCAACCCGGGCUUCACUCCGUCCGGAAAUGGAAAGCGCUGCGAUGACGUGGACGAGUGUGCCGAGCGCCCGUGCCAGAACGGCGAGUGCGUGAACACGCCCGGCUCGUUCAAGUGCUCCUGCCCACCCGGCUUCCAGCUCAGCGACGGCACCAACUGUCGAGAUAUCGAUGAGUGCAAGACGGGCAACGAGUGUGAAGGCGGCACCUGCAUCAACACGGUGGGAUCGUUCCAGUGUGGAUGUCAGCCGGGCUUUGCAGCCCUCCCCGGCACAGACUUGUGUGCAGAUGUGGACGAGUGUGAGAAUGCGAGCGCGUGCAGCGAGCACCAGUACUGCAUUAACGCGAUGGGGUCGUUCCAGUGCCACUGCGACCAAGGAUACCAGACCGCGAAGGAGGGACUUGGCUGUGUGGAUAUCAACGAGUGUGAGACGAUCACCGAAGUGUGCGGCUCGGAAUUGUGCGACAACGAGGAGGGCACCUUCCUGUGCAUCUGCCCGUACGACUAUCAGGAGUUCGACUCGCAGCUCGGCAAGUGUGUGCCGGAGCCCACUGCUGUCUACGGGAUCCCCUCCACUCCUCAACCACAACCUCUGCAGGCUGGAAUCCACAACUUCCCAGGAUACUCAAGAUACCCAGAAUUUGUGGACUCAUCAGAGCACUAUCCACAGCAUCCAUAUGGACAAGAGCCCAGACUGCGUGAGCCGGUGGGCGUGCCUGCAGCCCACGUACCGGCCGAGAGACGCGAGUGCUACUUCAACCUCAAUGACGAGAACGUCUGCCGGAACGUCCUGGGGCGCAACGUGACGCGCGACGAGUGCUGCUGCACCGUCGGCGCCGGCUGGGGCACCGACUGCGAGCCCGCGCCCUGCCCGCUGGAAGGGACCGGGGAGUUUAACGAACUUUGCCCAGAAGGAAGAGGACUCGUCCCAAGCCCCAACGGGAGAGGAUAUCGAGAUGCCGAUGAGUGCACACUCUUUAGCCAGGAGUUGUGCCGAGACAGCCUCUGUGUGAACACGCAGGCUGACUACGAGUGCUACUGCCGCACCGGGUACUUGUACGACCGGCGCAGGCUGCACUGCGUGGACGUGGACGAGUGUGAGAACAGCCAGAGCUGUGUGGACGGGCAGUGCUACAACAGCGAGGGCAGCUACAGCUGCUACUGCAGCGCACCGCUCACGCUCGACCACACUGGCCGGCGCUGCGUCAACCGCACGGCUUCCUCCUCGGAUGUCUUUUUGGACAUCUGCUGGAAGGAGGUGUCCCAGGGAGUGAUGUGCAGCAAGCCCGUCGCGGGCCGCCAGACCACCUACACCGAGUGCUGCUGCCUCUACGGCGAGGCCUGGGGGCCCGAAUGUGCCUUCUGCCCACCCAAAACGUCCGACGACUACCUCACGCUGUGCAACAUCCGCAUGCGCGCCGAGGCGCAGACCUUCGAGGAGCCUCACUUCGGCGAGCAGUACCCGUUCGAGCCUCACCUCCUGCCGGACGAGCGUGGGGAUUUCCCGCCCCAGACCGGGGCGCUGGGCCACCUGCCCUUCCGCGGGCUCACGGAGGUGCAGCCGUACCCCCCCGGGCAGCAGGAGAACGCCGGCCACGACCUGAUGCCCGGCAUCUUGCCGCUCUACUCCACUGACGAUUACAAGUACAACCGAUACGAGGGGCUGCAGGCGGAGGAGUGCGGCAUCGCCCACGGCUGCGAGAACGGGCGCUGCGUGCGCGUGCCUGAGGGGUUCACGUGCGACUGCUACGAGGGCUACCGCCUCGACACCUUGAGCGUCGUUUGUGUCGAUGUCGACGAAUGCGAGGAGCAGAAUCCUCGAGCACAGCUCUGCAGCAACGGUCACUGCGUGAACACGGACGGCUCGUACCGCUGCGUGUGCCGUCCGGGAUACGCCGCCCUGCCCCAGCAGCCCAACGCGUGCGUGCCCGUGCUGCGGCACCCGCUCCCGUUCCAGUAGGCCGCUGGUCGUCUCCUCUUCCGGCCACCGAGCCCCGACGGGAACCCGCCGGCUUGCCAGACAGCUUAGAUCAGUUUGGCAAGCUGGCCAGCCAGUGAGCCCGUGAGCUAGCCAGCUACGCAGUUGGCACCCCAUGCUAGGCAGACUGAUAGACAGACGUUCUGUCUGCAAGUAAUUCGGCGGUCUCGCCAGGAGACCUGCAGGUAAGCCAGGCUGCGAGCCAACCUGUCAACCGGCCACAUGCAAAGCAGUGUUUCAUGUUCAGAUUCAUUGGGGAGGGUAGGGGGGGAGGCAGGGGGAGGGCUUGGUUUGAGGAUGCUGGUCGUGGGGUUUAUUGGGCAAGGGAACUUGUGGCAGUAUCAACGCAGUCAGUGUUCUACAUUUAUUGUAUAUAAUUAUUAAAAUGUGCAUCUCUAUAGUUACAAAUUCCAACAGUUUAUAUUUGAGCUCGGGAAAAGGGGCAGUGCUUAAAAUGUACUUGGCCGAAAUGCUGUUGAUGCGUACUAAUGGCCGAGAUGCUAAUAGCAAGCGAGUCCCUUUUGGGAUUUAAUUUGGUCCAUUUCGCGUUUUCCAGUUCAUCAAGAAGGUCUGCUUCAUGGCAUAAUUUAAAUGCGAGCAGCGUUACGUUGCGAAUUAACAGCGCUCGCCGAUAAUGCAGAAAACGCGUUGUGGACUACGCUACCUAUUAUGGUGUGAAAUCGCUGCAGACCCACAGGCAGGCACCGGUAAAGUAACGAUAUAGUCAGCAAUGAAGACCCAAAGUCAUCUGUCAUCGGUUUCGUACAACUGGUAUUACAAAAAGUAAAACAACAACAACAACAACAGCAAGAUACCUGGAUGUUCCUGUGAACAUACCAUUACAUGUUUUUUUAUCAGCAGGAGUCAGUGAGGACUUUUAAUAUUAUUGACAUGAAGCACAGAAACAAGCUUUUACGAACAGUGAUUAAGUAACUUGGGGAUUAUAUCACAUACAACCGCUUUACACGUUAAGAACAUUUUAAAGGCAUAGGUCAAUGAAUGUUUAUUGUGAUCUGUUCGUGACAUGUCAAAACAAGAUCAAAA